AUGGAUUCCAUGAGGUCUCUUAAUACCUCUCUGCCGAGCUCCACCCCCCUCCUCCAGCAGUUCAAAGCCGCGGCUCUCUCAGUGACCAACCUUUACAAGAAUGCGGUUUGCGAGCAAGCUCAGGCCAAGGUAGCUGGUUAUCAGGAAGCCAUAGAGGAUCUUCUCCACUUCCUUGACCGUGAGAAUCUGGGGUUAGGCGACGGAGAAGGGUGGCAAGUCCGGCAGUGGGCAACGGAGAGGUGUGAUGGAACUGCUUCACAGAGCAGCGAUGAGGAAGAGCGUGUGGACUCAGAUAAGCGUGACCGCAGCUCAACACCAGUAGCUACUCGCAAAGAAGUUCCUACAGAGAAUAGCUUCCGUCAACCUCAAACCUCCGCCCCUACCUCCGAACCAACCCCUGCUCUUCAGCCCGGUGCCGCCUCCGUUUCUCAAGCUCCGGACUCGAUGGGAACUCCUACGGUAUUUACAUUCACCGCUGGGCCGACUUUUCCCCAGUAUCAAGACCUAGAUAUGGAUAUUCAAUCUUCGGAUAACAAUGCCACCCCACCUUCACAGGAUGGGGCCCCUGUCAGCGUCUCUGUUUUACCUCGAAACCCACGAACUCAACAUCGCCACAACAAUAUAGCCCGACCAAACCCUCGAUCAACCCAGCGCGAGUCUCCUGCGACUAUCGGCUCGAAACGCAAACAUGCAUUCCCUGAUUUCUUCGACUUAUCAGGUAUGAACAAUUCAAAGGACAUGUUUGGAGGGAGGAAGCGGGGCCGGUUCACCUAA